AUCAAAGCCAUCUUUCUCCACGUUAACCACCUAACCUCUCAUCCUCCUUUUUCGUCUUCUCUUUCCAUUUCAAGGGGGAGAAUUGUAUCGUUCCUCACACACGCCUCUUUUCCGAUUUGUCUCUCUAAUCAUCGUCGUCGUCUUCCGUCUCUUACCCAAUGGAAUAUCAAACGCUUGGAGGAUGUUCUUCAAGCAUCUUGCUAUUGUCCAUAUAAAUUUAUACUUAGCGUACAUCCAGCACUGGCCCCGUUUGUGGAACCCAUUACAUUUCUUGUCAUCUGCCUCUUUCUCUACUAAGUAUCUUUGGCUUGCUUCAUCAAGGUUUCAUCUCGAUUUAGAUUCUUCUCCUUUUUCAACACUGCAAGAAUGGAUCAUUGUUCUGGAGGCUUGAACGAAAAUCCCAUGGCUUCUCAGUUAGACAUUCUCCGAUGCCCAUUCUUGAGGAACAUCAAUGAGCCCACUAAUCUCUCCUUCUCUUCAUCCUUGCCUUUUGCCAUGCCUGUACGAGCAGGAAAAGGACCGAUAUUUGAAGAUGGACCCAAUUUUGAUACGGCAUUUAGGCUUUUCCAUGGGCAAGAUGGUGUUGUCCCGCUCUCCAACAACGCUCGAGCUGAAGCAGAGAAGCCUGUGCUUUCCUCUCCUGUAUUCCAUCCACUUGCUGCUAAGGCAGCGACAAUUAGUCUCUCAUCCUUUGGACCUGGAGGGCCUUUUGGUUUUGAUGCAUUUUCUGAGAUGUUUAAAAAUCAAAAGAAAAAGUCAAACUCUUCCAAAAAGAGGGAUUCUUCUUCUAAGGGAGGAAACCACGAAUCCAUGAGCGACGAUUGGCUUCAAACAGGAAACUGCCCGAUUGCGAAAUCAUAUCGAGCUGUAAGUGGUGUGGCACCGCUUAUGGCAAAGAUUCUGCAACCCCCUCCAGGGAUGAAAUACAAGUGCCCUCAAGCAAUAGUCGCAGCUCGAGCAGCGAUAUCUAAAACAGCUUUCGCCAAGAACCUCCGGCCUCAACCUUUGUCGUCCAAAGUACUAGUGAUCGGGAUGCUUGGCAUGGCGUUAAACGUGCCUCUAGGGGUCUGGAGAGAGCACACUGAGAAAUUUUCGGCAUCUUGGUUUGUGGCUCUUCACGCAGCUGUUCCAUUCAUAGGAAUACUGAGGAAGUCGGUGUUGAUGCCUAAGAUGGCGAUGGUAUUUACCAUAGCAGCAUCGGUUUUGGGACAGGUGAUUGGUUCAAGAGCAGAGAGGUUUAGGCUCAAGUCGGUGGCUCAGAAGAAGCUGACACUUACGGAGACAAAUCCGUCUUCUUCCGUUGAAGCAAGUCAGAUGCAAUUUGCGGGAGUUUCAUCGGAUGGAAGGUGCGGUGAUAAAGUGGUGAUGAAGUGGAAUCCCAUGUUGCUUGAAGUUGCAAGCCCUGUUUCUGCUGGAGCAGCUAAUGUUGUCUGCUAAACAAGAUUUUGUUUUCUUCGACGAUCUGUCGAAUAUAUAUAAUUAUUUGUCUUCUUGUUUUGGCGAUUGUAUUUAAAAAAAGUUUCUAAAUGUUUGAGAAAAACAAGAAUAAAGCCAUUUAUUUUAACUGUUGAAUUGUAUUUAAAUGUAAAAGACUCGGUUUAUUGAAUGAAUAAAAGAAGAAACAAAGUUGGAAAUUGAGUGA